CAAUCGUUGCGAUUCAAACGGCAAUCUCAUGCGCAACACGGCGAGCCUCUUCACGCCGACGAGUACGCUCGAGUGCGCGCUGCGCAAGAAGUGCGUUCCGUGCUGUUACAAGAUCCUCGUCCAUGGCACGCCGGACAUGGAGCCCAACCAGCGCCCGGAGCUCUGCCCGCGCUCGGCCUUCGAGGUCCGCCCGUCGCCAGUCCUCCUGUCGCCGAGCAUGAGCACGCUCGUCGUGCAGGACCCGUCGCUCUCGUUUGCAUGGUCGAUUCGCUCGCAUGUGGCGUCGCUGCAUGUCAUGCUAGCCGAAGCCAAGGCGACGAUCUUCAAGACGUACCCCGAGACCUCGAAGCGCGUCAAGAAGCUCGACAACAAGGUCCAUUUCGAGUCGGCGAUGGCGGACGUAGGCGAUUUUGGCACGUUUGACUGUGUCAUUUGGAACUUCCCCAACGUCGACGACGCCGAAGUCUUCUUCGAGCACGUGCGCAUUACGGAGAACAAUGGCCAGAUCCACAUUUCGUGCCCGCUCGGCCAGAGCGCCGACUUUAUCGCGGCGGCUGCGGCGGCGGGCUUCAAGCACCUGGGCACGCUUGUCUUUGACCGAUGCUCGUUCCCGGGCUACAAGGUGUCGCUCGAGUGCGAGACGCUCGUCUUUACGACAAGCGCGGCGACAACGACGGUCGUCUUUGAUUCGUCGAUUGCGGUUGCUACCUGCGGCGAUUGGACGCCGGAGCAGUGGACGGCGGCGCCGACCAUCGUGCCCAUGACCCCGACUGUGCUCGCGAGCAUCGAAGCGCUUUUGUGCGACAAGAGCAACUUUCCCAAGAAGGAAAAGCCCGUCAAGAAAGCCAAGGCCGACGACGUCGACGACAGUGAGAUCGUGAGCAAGAUGAGCAAGAGAAAGGCGGCAGCGAAGAAGAAGAGAGACGAGGUCGAGGAGGACGAGGUCGAUUACGUCGAGAUGUACAACCUCAAGCCAAAGGGCAAGAAGCACAAGGUGCUCCGGAAGCUCGACUAUGAGUCCAACCAAGAGGGCAAGCUCCGCCCGACCAAGCGAAAGCUUCCCGUCCGAAUGGAAAACGGCAGAGCCAAGAUGGGCUGGUAAAGGCCAGUCCUCGAGGCUGCUCCACGGCGUCUCUGCAUACUCUGAAAUUCCAAUAUAAAAACUUGUACUAGCA